CAAUUUAUUAACCAAUCAGAAAAGUUGUCACAUAAACAUCUCGAUAGCCGAUCAUGGCAGACCAUAAUAAAGGAGGAUUUAUGCAAAAAGCACAAAAAAAAUUAACGCGCACAAAAACAAAGGUUUUACAGAAUUUAGGUAAAGCAGAAAAGACUGCAGAUGACAAAUUUGAUGAACAUGUACAUAACCUUGAAAGGCAACAGGAAGUUGCCCACAGAUUCCAGAAGGAACUCAGGAACUUUAUUAGUUGUGCCAAAGCUAUGGAUAUUGCAUCAAAGUCAUUUUAUAAUGUGAUGAAAGAUACAUAUGAACCAGAAUGGAAGGAGGAAAACCAACUCAAGGAAACAAUACAGUCUUUAGAAUUAAUGUGGACAGACUACUUAGAACAUCUUACAGAAUCUGUACAGAAUCCCUUAUCUACAUACACAAAUCAUUUUCAACCAUUAAAGCAAAGAAUAGCCAAACGAAACAGAAAAUUAGAUUAUUUUGACAAUGCUCGACAUAAUGCUGAAGUACUGCAGAGUGCGAAGAAAAAAGAUGAUGUCAAAAUAACAAAGGCAAAUGAAGAGCUAGAAGAAUCAAAAAGAAUCUAUGAAGUUUUAAACAAUGAACUACACAAUGAAUUACCAGAGUUUCAUAACAGUCGAGUCAACUUCUAUGCAACAACAUUUAAAAGUUACUUCAAUGCUGAAAGUACAUUCCAUGGUGAAACUGCCAAGCUUAGUGACACUGCCAUGGCCAUAACUGAAACAUUAGCAGAGGAACAUAAACAAUACACAUACCAACCACGACCUCUUAGUGGAAUUAUGGCUAAUGAUAUGAGAUUUUCUUUCUUUAUGGAACCUGUAGUAAAUGGGCACAGUAGUGGUGACAAUGAUUCAAAUCAUUCAAGCCAACAAACAAUAAGUAAAAAGACUUCACCAAAACCAGAUCGUCCACCCUCCUCCCCAGCGGUUACACCACAUGAUACUUCCAUAGUAAUGCAUGAAACUUCAGCGGCCACACCUGACCUCUCGGUGGCAACUCCUGACACUUCAUUUGCAACAGCUGCCAGCACAGCGGCAACUCCUAUAAAGACAAAUGGUGAAGGACUGACAAAUGGAUUGUCUUCAGAGCCUGAAAGUCCACCAGAAAGUCCUAAGACACCUGAGCCUCAACCGGAGGCCCCUAAGCCUCAACCUGAGGCCGCUAAGCCUCAACCUGAGGCCUCUAAGCCUCAACCUGAGGUUGUGAAGAAAGGUCCGCUGUAUGAAAACAGUGAAGUGAAUUACACAACUCCUUCAAAAGUAGAAAAAGAAUUAAUAAAAGUUGAAAGUGAAAGUAGACAUACAGACCAUGCUGAAGGUCCAGUUGAUACAUAUGAAGAACCAAUGGUAAAUACAGAACAGCCAUUAGUGAAUGGUCCAACAGACGAGGAUUUGCUGGAGGAAACCAUCAAAGAAACUUUAAAACAGGCUGCUGUGGAAAAUAGUGAGGAGAUACAAUUACAUGCUCCGCCAAAACCCCAGUCAGAACCUCCAGUACCCCCUAAGGAGCCUCCCCCAGAAGAUGAUGAUGACAUUCCAACCAAAGCUGCACCAGCUGUAGAAAAUAAGACUGACGACCAAGAUUCUGAUCAUUAUUAUGAUAGGGUACCUGAUCAGUUAGAUGUUUCCGAUGAUAAAGACAAUGAUGAGGAUAAUUUUUAUGAAAUUCCAAGCUCGUCUAAAAUUCCAGAUGUAUUGCCUGAUAAUUGUCUUUAUGUGGUAGUAGCCACACAUGUAUAUAAAAAUGAAGAUGAAGAUGAACUUCCAUUUGAAGCAGGAGAGUUAAUCUAUGUAUUACCAUUUGAUGACCCAGAUGAUCAGGAUGAUGGUUGGUUACUUGGUAUGAGGAAAAGUGAUGGAAAGAAAGGGGUAUUUCCUGAAAACUUUACAAAGAAGGUCUGACAGAAAAGAUAGAUUUUAAAAGAUGCCAUACUAUAUUUGUAUUAUGUAUUUCAUAAAUCAAUCAUUUGAGGCCCAAACACAGGGGGUUUAGGUUACAGGUUUCACUGUAAAGUAUAUUAUUUGUAAUAUUUAUCAACACAGAUUUUAAUAUUUUUUUGAUUGAAUAUUACAGCUCAUGUUUAACAUAGAUACUACCUCGCCACCUUGUUGAUUGAAACAUUUAUCCACUCAAGGUUGCUUCACAAAUAUGUAAGCUUAAAAAUGUGAAGUUACAUUAAAUUAAACUACCAAGAGGUUACAUAUAUUGUGAUUUGCUGGGUAAAGUUGCAAAUUAUUGAAUUAAAAUGUUGUGUGCUAAGAUCCUGAUGGCUAUGCUAGGAGAGAGCACAGGAACAAUUUAUCAAACUGGUUGCAACUGGUUUAAGAAGCAGAUUUAGACUAUCAGAUUAUUGUUGAUUUGUUAAACUGGUUAAAACUGGUUUAAAUACAGAUUUAGAGAAUUCAUGCCAUGGCUGGUUAGAAUUGGUUUGUUUGCAUACAGAGUUAAAAAAAAUCAUGUUAUUAUCUGCAAUUGUUAAUUAACCCACCGAUUAGUUCCUUUUAGUUUCUGUUCUACUUAAUAAUGUUAUGGUGCUAUAACAUCAGUAAUUAUUCACUACAUUUAUUCAGUGUUCACUGUAGUUAUGUUGUUUUGGUGUAACAAUUGUCAGCUAUAUUUUAUAAGUUUUUCACUGUAUAAAAUUGUCAUGUUCAAAUCAUAUGCUAAUUUGCAAAAAUUACAAACAUCAUUUAAAUGUGGUAUUUAUUUUCUUUUCAAUUUUUACCUUAAUUUUACAUUUUAUGUCAAAAAUUUGAAUAUUUUGAAUCAUAAUACAACCAAACGAUUGAAGCAUUUAUUUCAUUGGAGAAAAAGCAAUGUUUUUAUGUAUGAUUAGAAAACCAAAAAAGUAAACCAACCCUUUGACAUUUUUUUAAAGUGUACUGUGCAAAUAUUGCAGUUAGAUUUUGAACUUGAAGAACAGAUCUCAGACAAACAAAAUAUGAGAUUAAAAUGCAGAUUGAGAUUUUAAUGAUUAAGUUUAUAAUUUUUCUUUUCAUUUUUUGGAAAAAAAUGUAACCUUUCCUAAUUAUGAUGUAAACCAUCUUAAUAUUGGAGGAAUUUUAUAUGAAAUUUGUUUGUUUGAGAGUUAAGCAACAUGUGCAUUCCAGGCAUUUUUAGAAGGGGUUCCAACCAUAUGUCCCCCAAUACAAUAGCAUUAGUAGUCAAACAAAACAAGGGUUUAUACCCCCAAAGAAUUCACCACUGAGCUUGGAAUCUACAUACAGUAAGGUAAACAAAAAAAAGAGGGUCACAGUUUUUAAUUUUAAAGAAGUUGUAUUAUUUAUGUGUAAUGGAUUGUGAUACAAAUAUAAUGAGGAUAUAUGUGUAUAUCAAUAAACAAAAUAAACAACUAUUCUUUGCUGGUGAAAUUUUGUUUUCCUUAAAAUUCAGUCAUUUGUUGAAAUUUAUAAAUGUAAACUGAAGUACAAGUUUAAGGUAGGAUACAAUUUUAGAUAUAGAUAAUAAAAGUACUAUUUUAAUAUAUUAUUGUAAAUUACUAUAAAAUACUCUACAUUGGUAUUUAGGAUACAACAUUUUUUAUCACUAUUUGUAAACUAUAUAUGAAUUAUUAGAACAAUAGUAUUUUGUUUAAGAGUUGUGUAUCAACAUGUGAUUUUAAGUUGCCUGUAGAAAAAGGACAUUCUUAUAUUUUGAUAUUUUGUAAGUUUUAAAACUUGUUUUCAGAGGAAGGAGGGUUGAAAAAGAAAAAUGUAAGUACAAAAAAGUUGAUUAAGAUGGUUUUUCUAUUCAUGGGUUUGUUCAGUGAUAAAUCUUCUUUUGCCCAGGGUUAAGGAAUGUACAGGGUUAAAGGUUAAAUUCAUUAAAAAAGUACUGAAUACAAGUUAUUAGAUUUUAAUGAUUUGGCAGGGUAUUAUAUUUUUGAUAGAAUUUUUUCUUGAAUUAUUGUAAGAUCUUACUGUACAUGUUGGUAAUUUAAGUCAAUUUGUCAAGUUAGAUUAAAUACAAUUGAUAAUAGGGUUUUGUUUUAUGUUUCUGCAUUGCAGCUUAUAAGAUUAUGGAAAAAGUUUUUGUUCUCAUGAAAAUGUAAUUUUUAUUGAAUAAUAAAUAGUUUUAAUGUAGAGAAUAUACUGCCAUUAUGAAAAAUUAUAAAUUCCUUGAUUCCCAUCCAUCCAAACUUUUUUCAGAAUCAAAAAUAAAAUAUAAAUCUGAUUUUUUUGUCUGUUUUUAUACGACCGCAAAUUUUGAAAUUUUUUUUUCCCUUUUGAUAGAGGUUUUUAGGAAAAAGGUUUUAUAGCUGACUAUGCAGUAUUGGUCUUGCUCAUUGUUGAAGGCAGUAUAUUGACAACUUUCUGUGUCAUUUGGUCUCUUGUGGGGAGUUGUCUCAUUGGCAAUCAUACCACAUUUUUAUUUAUAUUUCAUCUCAUUUGGUUGGAUGAGGAUCUAAGAAUUUGUUUAUAAUGGCAUAUUAAAUUUUUUUUAUUUUAUAUUGAUCACAUUUUAAAAACUAACAACAUUGAUUGCUGAAGCAAUAGAUUUUAUUCUACAUAAGAGUGCUAUUUAAGAUAUUCACCUACAAAAAUAUAUUACAUGUUCAGCCAUAUUGUCUAUAAAACAUAAUGUUUGUUGUGUUAAUUGAUCACAUUUAAAAUGUUAAAUACUUAUUAUUAUAUGUUAAUAUGCACAAUUGUUGUUUAUUAAUUAAUAGUGCAUUUACAUAAAAUCAAUUUCUUGUAAUUUAUAAUUAUGGAUGUACUCUUUAAAAGCCUUUAAAAAUACUCUUUCGAAUUGGUACUCAAAAACAGGCAAGGGACACUUGGAAGUCACUUUUAUAUCUCAAUAUUUUUUGGGACAGUGAAAAAAAAAAGGAAAAUUUUUAAAACUCUUUUACGAGAUAACCUAUUUUCCACGUGUCUUCUCUUUGUACCAUGUUUGUUAACGGAACAGCCUUUAGAAAUUCAGAAACUCAUAUAUUUAAUUAACCAAACAAAAAAAAAACCAUAUAUUUUAUAAAAGAUUUUCUAGUCUACCCCAAUUAAACAGAAUAGCAGCUAAAAAAUAGAUAUCUGCAUGUCCGAUAAAUUUGAUGGGUUGAUUUAAGGAAAAGACAAAGUAAGAAGGUUUUCUUUUAGGGUUUACAAAAUAUUUAGUUCUUUUCAUGUGAUGCAUUAGACAUACUUAAAUGAUUGAAAAAAUUUAAAAAAUUUGAAAAAAAAAUGACUGGCAAAAUUCUUAGUUUAAAUUUCGACCAAAUUAGAGCUGAGAACAACCAAUCACACAGUGAUUCUCUUACAGAAGUUUGCUAUUCAGUUUCAAAAUGACAAGCUUUUCAAAACACUAAUAUAUUGAUAGGGGAUUAAUAAAGGAACCAAAAGAGCAAAACUAAAAUAUAGGUCAAUGUGCUUGUUUUUCGAGAUAUUAGCCAUUGAAAUUUUGGCUGGAAAAUGUUCUCUCUUGAAUUUUCAUAGCUUUAUCAUUGACUAGUUUAAGUUCUCAAAAGCAACUUAAAUAUAACAAAUAUUUUAUAAAACUUUUACAGAUGGCUUACAAUUAUACAGAUGAAACAUUUAUAAAAAGAAAAAAGGGGGUCAAAUUUUGGUUAUGCACUCAAAUGGAUAAAAACAGAGGAGUCCGAAAAUCUGACAAAAUCCAAAACAUGACUAGGAAACGUUCUUUAAGUAUCACAGGUUUGAGAAAAGUACUAAUUGGCAAAAUAUUAUAUGUCUAAUCAAGAUAAUAAUUUAUAUAUGUGGUUAUACCUAUAUUGUUGUGAGAUUAUAAAUUAGAGGAAAAAUAAAAUAUUUACUUGCAUUGGAUUAUAUUUUUGAGACAAAAAGUUUAUUGUUUAUAUAUAUAUAUAUAUUUAUCAUUCACAUUCCAGAUAUAUUUUCAUAUUUUCACAGUAAUAUUCCAUAUAUUAAUAUUUUAUGUGUAUUGUACAUAGUGUCUACUGAAAAUACUCAUGUGUUAUAUAUACUAUGGAUAUGUUGCAUGUUUAUUUAAAAAAAAAGAAAGUCAAUUUGAAUAAAUUUCAAAUAUUUUUUUUAUAUACAAAUUUUGUUUUUGUAGUACAUUUAAGUGUAUUGAACAAAAUUUGAUUUUGAAAUCAUGAUUUAUUACAAAUGUAUUGUAAUACAAUAAUUGGAUGUAAGGACUCUGGUAUUUAAACUCUUUAUUUUUUGAAGAAAUAUGCAAAAUAACUAUCCAAUGAAGAAACUGUACUUAUAUUCUUUGCUGAUAGAAAUCUAAUCAGACAAUUACAACAAUAGAACAUGGUGCUUUUAAAGAUUCGCAUUGUGCUUCCAACCAUAAUUUUUACAAUAACCAUUUCAAACCAAAAAUAUUCAUUUUAUUUUCUUAGUAAAAUAUAGUUAGAAUUCAUUGACUUUUUCAUAUUGGUUAGUUCAUAUUUGCUAAAUACGGAAUGAACUGAUUAUUAUCACAGAUUUUACUGUAGAUUAUUUGACAUUGUGUCUUAUUAUUUUUAUAAUGAUUGAUUUAAAUACUAUUUUAAAAGUGUAGGCAAAGUUCAGUUUUACAGUGUUCCUCUAAACAAUGUAUGAUAAUACAGUAAAUUCAACCGUUUGAAGAGCUAAUAGUUAUUAUGGAUUCAUUUAUUUUUCGUUGGUACCAAUUUUUUGUGGACGAGAGAGAACUUUAUAGUUCGUGGUCAUUUGAUUCCAUUGUUUUGCUGACAUUUGCAUACAAGCCUUUUGAAAAUUUGUUUUUCAUUUAAUAUUUAAGUUUGUGGUUCACUUGAACCCACAAAAUCCACGAAAAUUUGUAUCCAACGAAUAAUAAUGAAUCUACAGUAAACCUCCUGACGGUAAAUUAAUUUUCAGUUUUAGUUAUCUCUUUCUUAAUAUUUAAUUAUUUUGUAAUAAUCAGAACAGGACUGUCUACUAAAAAGAAAUUGGUUAAAACUAUAAUUUAUGCUGUAACUUAAAGGCAUAUAAUAAAGUUGUAACUUAUUGAGCACUUUCACAGUAUGACAAUUGCACCCUAUUUGAUGUACUUACUGCAAUGAAACCAUCUUUAUAAAGAUCAGAUAUCUUGGAACCUGCAAUAUAUCCUAUAUUGAUGCAAUUUAAGUUGUUGAUUAUUGUAUAUAAUGUAAUAUGUGUACAUAUUAAUUAUAUACAUUGUGAUAUAAAGUUAACAUAAAUAUA